CACUGAUGUAUGUAUAUAGAGCGUAGUAACAAGCAGAUGGGCGAUAGAAGAGGAGACAAGUGACCGGACGUGCGAGCUCUUGUACAGAGUCCGAAGAGGAAGAACCCAAAAACCAUACUGCCCAGAGGACGGCAUUUUCUUACACCUAGCCCCCCAGCCAAAGUGUUAAAGUGGCAUCAGAGAUCACCAAGGUCAAGCCAAGUAACUGGAAAAAAAAGCCCGGAAAUGGGUGUGUCUACCUCACGCAAUGAACAGUGCCGCCCCCGUCAGUCCCCAAUUACUAUAAGUACCAAAAAAGUCAAAUACGAUUCCUCUUUGAAGCCACUGUACAUCUACUACGAUCCUAAAUCAUCACGAAGACUUGUUAACGUGGGUCACUGUUUUAAUGUGGAGUAUGACGACACCAAUGAUAGGUCAGUUUUAGGUCAAGGACCAUUGAUUGGUUAUCAUCGCUUGCGUCAGUUUCAUUUUCACUGGGGUUUUUCUGACAAGGAUGGCUCGGAGCAUGUAAUAGACGGGCAGGAAUAUCCCGCUGAGUUACAUAUCGUGCACUGGAACUCACAGAAGUAUCCAUCCUUUAAUGAGGCUAUGAAGCAUACGGAUGGCUUGGCUGUUAUAGGUGUGCUAUUGAAGAUUGGAGAGCCGAAUCCAGCAAUUCAAAAUAUAAUUGACAGUCUAGGCCAGGUAAAAACAAAGGACAAAGAAUGUCCAUUCACACGAUUCGAUCUUUCAAGUUUGCUGCCAAAUGACCGAAACUACUGGACGUAUCAGGGGUCCCUAACAACAAGUCCUUACCUAGAAUGUGUGACAUGGAUUAUCCUCCAGGAGGCCAUACCUAUUAGCUCAGAUCAGCUUCACCAUUUCCGGGGUUUACUCUGCAGUUCAGAGAAUGAAGAUCCCAGCUUCAUAUUAGAAAACCACAGAGCCCUUCAACCUCUUGCAGCCAGAAUUAUCAGAUCCUCAUGCAAAAAUAAGACACACAAACCUUAAAUCUACAUUUCCGACCUUAUUUCCUCUAUGAACGUGGCCAGAUAAUGCCCAUUUUACUGGAAGAUGAUCGGUACAGACUGUUGUGGAUUCCUCACUUUCCUAACUGAUUACAAUGGGUAUUGCUAAUGAAACAACCAGGACACUCCGAUGUGGAAUCAGAACAUCACACACCGUCGCUGAAUAUAGUUAUAGUCCAUUUAUCUAUCUUAGUAAUAAGCAUGCAUCUCUGAAAGUAUUUCUAAUACUGCUAAUACUCCCUUAUAGACGUAAAAUGUACCGUAUAAAUAGGCCGUAAUGUAUUGAUCUGACGAAAAAACUGCUGUACAUUGGAUGUUCAUUUUCAAGAUGAUGAUCGUUAAAUAUUGAUUUAGCCCAGAAAGAAAGACUAGAUACGAGACUCUCUACUAUGCAAAGUAAAGGAGAACUAUGGGGGAGAUUUAUCAAACUGGUGUAAAGUAGAACUGGCUUAGCUGCCCCUAG